GCCGCCCCCCGCUCGCAGUGCACCGGGCGUCCGCGCGGAGCGGGUGGGGGGGUCCGGCCCGUGCAUGAGCCCGCAGUGAGGAGCAGCCCCCGGCCCGGCCAUGCCCGCCCGCGGCCCCGCGCUGCUGCUGCUGGGGCUGGCGGCCGGCCUGUGCCUGGCGCUGGACGCCCCGAAGACGUGUAGCCCUAAGCAGUUUGCAUGCAAAGAUCAGAUAACGUGCAUCUCUAAGGGCUGGCGCUGCGACGGGGAAAAGGACUGUCCGGAUGGCUCCGAUGAAUCUCCCGAGAUAUGUCCCCAGAGCAAGGUGUCACGGUGCCAGCCGAACGAGUACAACUGCCUGGGCACAGAGCUCUGCAUUCCCAUGAGCAAGCUGUGCAACGGCGCCCACGACUGCUUCGAUGGCUCGGACGAGGGGCCACACUGCCGUGAGCUGCUGCCCAAUUGCACAGCCCAGGGCUGCCAGCACCACUGUGUGCCCACGCUCAGCGGGCCCAUCUGCUACUGCAAUGGCUCCUUCCAGCUCGCUGAGGACAGGAAGAGCUGCAAAGACUUUGACGAGUGCAUGGUGUAUGGGACCUGCAGCCAGACAUGCACCAACACGGAGGGUGCCUAUACGUGCAGCUGUGUGGAGGGCUACCUGCUACAGCCUGACAACCGGUCCUGCAAGGCCAAGAAUGAGCCUGUGGACCGACCCCCGGUGCUGCUCAUCGCCAACUCCCAGAACGUCCUGGCCACCUUCCUGAGCGGGACGCCGGUGCCCAACAUUACGCCCACCAGUGCCAAGCACACCACGGCCAUGGACUUCAACUACGUGGAGGAUACGGUGUGCUGGGUGCACAUGGGCGAUGCAGCUGCCCAGACUGUCCUCAAGUGCGCCAAGAUCCCCAACCUCAAGGGCUUUGUGGAGGAGCGAUCCAUCAACAUCUCCCUCAGCCUGCACCACGUGGAGCAGAUGGCGAUAGACUGGCUCACGGGGAACUUCUACUUCGUGGAUGACAUCGACGACCGGAUCUUCGUGUGCAACAAGAAUGGGGACACGUGUGUCACGCUGCUUGACCUGGAGCUGUACAACCCCAAGGGCAUCGUGCUGGACCCCACCAUGGGGAAAGUCUUCUUCACGGACUACGGGCAGAUCCCCAAGGUGGAGCGCUGCGACAUGGACGGGCAGAACCGCACUAAGCUGGUGGACAGCAAGAUCGUCUUCCCCCACGGCAUCACGCUGGACCUGGUCAGCCGGCUCGUCUACUGGGCCGAUGCCUACCUGGACUACAUUGAGGUGGUGGACUAUGAGGGCAAGAACAGGCACACCAUCAUCCAGGGCAUCUUGAUCGAACACCUCUAUGGCCUGACUGUCUUCGAGAACUACCUCUAUGCCACCAACUCAGACAAUGCCAACACCCAGCAGAAGACCAGCGUCAUCCGGGUGAACCGCUUCAACAGCACCGACUACCAUGUGAUCACACGCGUGGACAGGGGCGGUGCCCUGCACAUCUACCACCAGCGCCGCCAGCCCACGGUGCGGAGCCAUGCCUGUGAGCCCGACCAGUUUGGAAAGCCCGGGGGCUGCUCUGACAUCUGCCUGCUGGGCAACAGCCACAAGACACGGACAUGCCGCUGCCGCUCUGGCUUCAGCCUGGGCAGCGAUGGGAAAUCCUGCAAGAAGCCAGAGCACGAGCUGUUCCUGGUCUACGGGAAGGGCCGGCCAGGCAUCAUCCGGGGCAUGGACAUGAGUGCCAAGGUACCCGAUGAGCAUAUGAUCCCCAUUGAGAACCUCAUGAACCCCCGGGCCCUGGACUUCCAUGGUGAGAAUGGCUUCAUCUACUUCGCCGACACCACCAGCUACCUUAUCGGGCGCCAGAAGAUCGAUGGCACUGAGCGCGAGACCAUCCUGAAGGACGGCAUCCACAACGUGGAGGGCAUUGCUGUGGACUGGAUGGGCAACAACCUGUACUGGACGGAUGACGGCCCCAAGAAAACCAUCAGCGUGGCCCGACUGGAGAAGGCGGCUCAGACCCGCAAGACGCUCAUCGAGGGCAAGAUGACCCACCCCCGCGCCAUCGUGGUGGACCCCCUCAAUGGGUGGAUGUACUGGACAGACUGGGAAGAGGACCCCAAAGACAGCAAGCGAGGCAAGAUCGAGCGGGCCUGGAUGGAUGGCUCCAACCGCAACAUCUUCAUCACCUCCAAGACCAUCCUGUGGCCGAACGGCCUGAGCCUCGACAUCCCCGGCAAGAUCCUCUACUGGGUGGACGCAUUCUACGACCGCAUUGAGAUGGUCUACCUCAAUGGCACCGAGCGCAAGAUCGUGUACGAGGGGCCAGAGCUGAACCACGCAUUCGGGCUGUGUCACUACAGCACCUUCCUCUUCUGGACCGAGUACCGCAGCGGCAGCAUCUACCGCCUGGACCAGGCCAGCAAGGCCGUGAGCCUGCUGCGCAAUGAGCGCCCGCCCAUCUUCGAGAUCCGCAUGUACGAUGCGCAGCAGCAGCAAGUGGGCUCCAACAGCUGCCGUGUGAACAACGGGGGCUGCAGCAGCCUGUGCCUGGCAGUGCCGCAGGGCCGGCACUGCGCCUGCGCUGAGGACCAGAUCCUGGGGGCUGACUCGGUCACCUGCCAAGCCAACCCAUCCUAUGUGCCGCCGCCCCAAUGCCAGCCGGGUGAGUUUGCCUGCAAGAACAGCCGCUGCAUCCAGGAGCGCUGGAAGUGCGACGGUGACAACGACUGUCUGGACAACAGCGAUGAGGCUCCUGAGCUCUGCUACCAGCACACCUGCCCCUCUGAUCGCUUCAAGUGUGAGAACAACCGGUGCAUCCCCAACCGCUGGCUCUGCGACGGCGACAACGACUGUGGCAACAACGAAGAUGAGUCCAACUCUACCUGCUCUGCUCGCACCUGCCCCCCGAACCAGUUCUCCUGUGCCAGUGGCCGCUGCAUCCCCAUCUCCUGGACCUGCGACCUGGACGAUGACUGCGGUGACCGAUCCGACGAGUCGGCCUCCUGCGCCUACCCUACCUGCUUCCCACUGACCCAGUUCACCUGCAACAACGGGCGCUGCAUCAACAUCAACUGGCGCUGCGACAACGAGAAGGAUUGUGGGGAUGGCUCUGACGAAAAGAACUGUCCAAAGUCUGCCGACAACGACUGUGGGGACAACAGCGACGAGGCCGGCUGCAGCCACUCCUGCUCCAGCAACCAGUUCAAGUGCAACAGCGGGCGCUGCAUUCCCGUGCAUUGGACCUGCGAUGGAGACAAUGACUGCGGCGACUACAGUGAUGAGACCCAUGCCAACUGCACCAACCAGGCCACGCGCCCGCCCGGGGGCUGCCACACGGACGAGUUCCAGUGCCGCUUGGACGGGCUGUGCAUCCCCAUGCGCUGGCGCUGCGACGGCGACACUGACUGCAUGGACUCGUCGGAUGAGAAGAACUGCGAGGGUGUCACCCACGUCUGCGACCCCAACGUGAAGUUUGGUUGCAAGGACUCAGCCCGCUGCAUCAGCAAGGCAUGGGUGUGCGACGGGGACAGCGACUGCGAGGACAACUCAGACGAGGAGAGCUGCGAGGCGCUAGCAUGCAAGCCACCCGCACACGCGUGUGCCAAUGCCAGUACUGUCUGCCUGCCCCCUGAGAAGCUGUGUGAUGGCACUGAUGACUGUGCUGACGGCUCUGAUGAGGGCGAGCUCUGCGACCAGUGCUCCCUGAACAACGGCGGCUGCAGCCACAACUGCACGGUGGCGCCAGGCGAGGGCAUUGUGUGCUCAUGCCCCCUGGGCAUGGAGCUGGGCACCGACAACCGCACCUGCCAGAUCCAGAGCUACUGCGCCAAGCACCUCAAGUGCAGUCAGAAGUGCGAGCAGGACAAGUUCAACGUCAAGUGCUCCUGCUACGAGGGCUGGAUGCUGGAGCCUGAUGGCGAGAGCUGCCGCAGCCUGGACCCCUUCAAGCCCUUCAUCAUCUUCUCCAACCGCCAUGAGAUCCGCCGCAUCGACCUGCACAAGGGCGACUACAGCGUGCUGGUGCCUGGCCUGCGCAAUACCAUCGCCCUCGACUUCCACCUCAACCAGAGCUCGCUGUACUGGACCGACGUGGUGGAGGACAAGAUCUACCGGGGCAAACUGCUGGAGAAUGGGGCGCUGACCAGUUUUGAGGUGGUGAUCCAGUAUGGGCUGGCAACGCCCGAGGGGCUGGCAGUGGACUGGAUCGCCGGCAACAUCUACUGGGUGGAGAGCAACCUGGACCAGAUCGAGGUGGCCAAGUUGGACGGCACCAUGCGCACCACGCUGCUGGCUGGCGACAUCGAGCACCCCCGCGCCAUCGCCCUUGACCCCCGCUACGGGAUCCUGUUCUGGACGGACUGGGAUGCCAGCCUGCCACGCAUUGAGGCAGCUUCCAUGAGCGGCGCAGGCCGGCGCACCAUCCAUAAGGAGACAGGCUCGGGGGGGUGGCCUAACGGCCUCACCGUUGACUACCUGGAGAGGCGCAUCCUCUGGAUCGAUGCCAGGUCUGACGCCAUCUACUCAGCGCUGUAUGAUGGGACGGGGCACAUGGAGGUGCUGCGGGGCCACGAGUACCUGUCACACCCGUUUGCGGUGACGCUGUACGGCGGUGAGGUCUACUGGACCGACUGGCGCACCAACACCCUGGCCAAGGCCAACAAGUGGACAGGCCACAACGUGACGGUGGUGCAACGCACCAACACGCAGCCCUUCGACCUGCAGGUCUACCACCCCUCCCGGCAGCCUCUGGCCCCCAACCCGUGCGAGGCCAACGGGGGCCGUGGGCCCUGCUCCCACCUCUGCCUCAUCAACUACAACCGGACGCUGUCAUGUGCCUGCCCCCAUCUCAUGAAGCUGGACAAAGACAACACCACGUGCUACGAGUUCCGGCAGUUCCUGCUGUAUGCGCGGCAGAUGGAGAUCCGCGGUGUGGACGUGGACAGCCCCUACUACAACUACAUCAUCUCCUUCACGGUGCCCGACAUCGACAACGUCACCGUGGUCGACUAUGACGCCCGCGAGCAGCGCAUCUACUGGUCCGACGUGCGCACCCAGGCCAUCAAGCGUGCCUUCAUCAAUGGCACUGGCGUCGAGACCGUGGUCUCUGCAGACCUGCCCAAUGCCCACGGGCUGUCCGUGGACUGGGUCUCCAGGAACCUCUUCUGGACCAGCUAUGACACCAACAAGAAGCAGAUCAAUGUGGCACGGCUGGACGGCUCCUUCAAGAAUGCUGUCAUCCAGGGGCUGGACAAGCCCCAUGGCCUAGUGGUCCAUCCCCUGCGCGGGAAGCUGUACUGGACUGACGGUGACAACAUCAGCGUGGCCAACAUGGAUGGCACCAACCGCAGCCUCCUCUUCACCAACCAGAAGGCGCCUGUCGGCCUGGCCAUCGACUACCCCGAGAGCAAACUGUACUGGAUCAGCUCUGGCAACGGCACCAUCAGCCGCUGCAACCUGGAUGGCACCGGCUUGGAGGUCCUGGACACCAUGAAAGGGCAGCUGAGCAAGGCCACGGCCUUGGCCAUCAUGGGCGACAAGCUGUGGUGGGCGGACCAGGCCUCGGAGCGCGUGGGCACCUGCAACAAGAAGGACGGGACGGGCGCCGUGGUGCUGAGGAACAGCACCACGCUGGUCAUGCAUAUGAAGGUGUACGAUGAGAGUGUGCAGCAGGCCAGCACCAACCCCUGCAGCGUGAACAACGGGGACUGCUCGCAGCUCUGCCUGCCCACGUCGGAGACCACGCGCGCCUGCAUGUGCACGGCCGGCUACAGCCUCAAGAGUGGGCAGCAGUCAUGCGAGGGUGUGGGCUCCUUCCUGCUCUACUCGGUGCACGAGGGCAUCCGCGGCAUCCCCCUGGACCCCAAUGACAAGUCGGACGCGCUGGUGCCUGUGUCCGGGACCUCGUUGGCUGUGGGCAUCGACUUCCACGCAGAGAAUGACACCAUCUACUGGGUGGACAUGGGGCUCAGCACCAUCAGCCGGGCCAAGCGGGACCAGACGUGGCGCGAGGACGUGGUGACCAACGGCAUUGGGCGCGUGGAAGGCAUUGCUGUGGACUGGAUUGCAGGCAACAUCUACUGGACGGACCAGGGCUUUGAUGUCAUCGAGGUGGCGCGACUCAACGGCUCCUUCCGCUAUGUGGUCAUCUCCCAAGGGCUGGACAAGCCGCGAGCCAUCACUGUGCACCCCGAGAAGGGGUACCUGUUCUGGACGGAGUGGGGGCAGUAUCCCCGCAUCGAGCGAUCGCGCCUGGACGGCUCCGAGCGUGUUGUGCUGGUCAACGUUAGCAUCAGCUGGCCCAACGGCAUCUCCGUGGACUACGAGGAUGGGAAACUAUACUGGUGCGAUGCCCGGACAGACAAGAUCGAGCGUAUCGACCUGGAGACGGGCGAGGGCCGGGAGGUUGUGCUGGCCAGCAACAACAUGGACAUGUUCUCUGUCUCUGUCUUCGAGGAUUACAUCUACUGGAGUGACCGGACCCAUGCGAACGGCUCCAUCAAGAGGGGCAGCAAGGACAAUGCCACCGAGUCGGUGUCUCUGCGCACAGGCAUCGGCGUCCAGCUCAAGGACAUCAAAGUCUUCAACCGGGCCCGGCAGAAGGGCACCAACAUCUGCUCCCAGAGCAAUGGGGGCUGCGAGCAGCUGUGCCUGUUCCGGGGCGGGGGCCGGCGAACGUGCGCAUGCGCCCAUGGCAUGCUGGCCGAGGAUGGUGUGAGCUGCCGCGACUAUGAUGGCUACCUGCUCUACUCGGAGCGCACCAUCCUCAAGAGCAUACACCUUUCGGACGAGACCAACCUCAACGCGCCCAUCAAGCCCUUUGAAGACGCCGAGCACAUGAAGAACGUUAUCGCAUUGGCCUUUGACUACCAGGGUGGGGUGCAGGGUGCCAGCCGCAUCUUCUACAGCGACAUCCACUUUGGCAACAUCCAGCAGAUCAACGACGACGGCACCGGGCGCAAGACCAUUGUGGAGAACGUGGGCUCAGUGGAGGGGCUGGCUUACCACCGGGGCUGGGACACGCUCUACUGGACCAGCUACACCACGUCCACCAUCACGCGGCACACGGUGGACCAGAGCCGCGUGGGCGCCUUCGAGCGCGAGACUGUCAUCACUAUGUCGAGUGACGACCACCCCCGUGCCUUUGUGCUGGAUGAGUGCCAGAACCUGAUGUUUUGGACCAACUGGAACGAGCAGCACCCUAGCAUCAUGCGGGCCACUCUGGCAGGCGCCAACGUCCUCAUCAUCAUCGACCAGGACAUCCGCACACCCAAUGGGCUGGCCAUCGACCACCAGGCUGAGAAGCUCUACUUCUCUGAUGCCACGCUGGACAAGAUUGAGCGCUGCGAGUAUGAUGGCUCCCACCGCUACGUGAUCCUGAAGUCAGAGCCAGUGCACCCAUUUGGCCUGGCCGUGUACAGCGACUACAUCUUCUGGACGGACUGGGUGCGCCGCGCCGUUCAGCGUGCCAACAAGCACAUGGGCUCUGACAUGCGGCUGCUGCGCGUUGACAUCCCCCAGCAGCCCAUGGGCAUCAUCGCUGUGGCCAACGACACCAACAGCUGUGAGCUGUCCCCAUGCCGUGUGAACAACGGGGGCUGCCAGGACCUGUGCCUCCUCACGCCCCGGGGGCAAGUGAACUGCUCGUGCCGUGGCGAUCGGGUGCUGCAGGACGACCUCACGUGCAAAGCUCCCAACUCCACUUGCAACGCGCACGAGGAGUUCGAGUGCGGCAAUGGCGACUGCAUCGACUUUGCGCUCACCUGCGACAGCGUUGCCCACUGCAAGGACAAGUCGGACGAGAAGCAGUCCUACUGCAGCAGCCGCAAGUGCAAGAAGGGCUACCUGCACUGCAUGAACGGGCGCUGUGUGGCCAUGCGCAACUGGUGCAAUGGGGUCGACAACUGUGGUGACAACUCCGACGAAGUCCCGUGCAACAAGACCAGCUGCGCUGCCACGGAGUUCCGGUGCCGUGACGGGAGAUGCAUUGGGAACUCGAGCCGCUGCAACCAGAUCAUCGACUGUGAGGAUGCAUCCGACGAGAUGAACUGCACCGCCACCGACUGCAGCAGCUACUUUAAGCUGGGGGUGAAGGGCAUGACGUUCCAGCAGUGCGAGCACACGUCACUGUGCUACGCCCCGGCCUGGGUCUGUGACGGCGCCAACGACUGCGGCGACUACUCCGACGAGCGCAAUUGCCCUGGCAUGCGGAAGCCCAAGUGCCCGGCCAACUACUUUGCCUGCCCCAGCGGGCGCUGCAUCCCCAUGUCCUGGACCUGCGACAAGGAGGACGACUGCGAGAACGGCGAGGACGAGACCCACUGCAACAAGUUCUGCUACCCCGUGCAGUUUGAGUGCAAGAACCACCGCUGCAUCUCUAAGCUGUGGGUGUGCGACGGCGCCGACGACUGCGGGGACGGCUCCGACGAGGGCACCCACUGCCGCCUGACGACCUGCAGUGCUGGGUCCUUCCAGUGCCCGGGCACCUAUGUGUGCGUGCCCGAGCGCUGGCUCUGCGACGGCGACAAGGACUGCGCCGAUGGUGCCGACGAGACCCUCGCUGCCGGUUGCCUGUACAACAACACAUGCGACGAGCGGGAGUUCAUGUGCGCCAACCGGCAGUGCAUCCCCAAGCACUUUGUGUGUGACCAUGACCACGACUGCAGCGAUGGCUCCGACGAGUCCCUGGAGUGCGAGUACCCGACGUGCGGCCCCCACGAGUUCCGCUGCGCCAACGGGCGCUGCCUGAGCAACGCACAGUGGGAGUGCGAUGGCGAGUUCGACUGCCACGACCACUCGGACGAGGCACCCAAGAACCCGCGCUGCACCAGCUCCGAGAGCAAGUGCAACGACUCGUUCUUCCUGUGCAAGACGGGGGCCUGCGUGCCCGAGGCACUGCUGUGCGACGGCCGUGCCGAUUGCGCUGAUGGCUCCGACGAGCUCAAUUGCUUCAUCAAUGAGUGCCUCAAUCGUAAGCUCAGCGGCUGCUCCCAGGACUGUGAGGACCUGCGCAUCGGCUACAAGUGCCGGUGCCGCCCCGGGUUCCGGCUGAAGGACGACGGGAAGACGUGCGUGGACGUGGACGAGUGCUCCACCACCUACCCCUGCAGCCAGAUCUGCAUCAACACGCUGGGCAGCUACAAGUGCCUGUGCCGCCAGGGCUACCGCCUGCGGCCCGACAACCCCACCAGCUGCAAGGCCGUGUCCGGUGAUGAGCCCUUCCUCAUCUUCGCCAACCGCUACUACCUGCGCAAGCUCAACCUGGACGGCUCCAACUACACACUGCUCAAGCAGGGCCUGAACAACGCGGUGGCCUUGGACUUUGACUACCGGGAGCAGAUGAUCUACUGGACCGACGUGACCACGCAGGGCAGCAUGAUUCGGCGCAUGCACAUCAAUGGUAGCAAUGUGCAGGUGCUGCACCGCACGGGCCUCAGCAACCCAGAUGGGCUGGCCGUGGACUGGGUGGGGGGCAACCUGUACUGGUGCGACAAGGGCCGAGACACCAUUGAGGUGUCUAAGCUCAACGGAGCCUAUCGCACAGUGCUGGUGAACUCGGGUCUGCGCGAGCCCCGCGCCCUCGUGGUCGACGUGCAGAACGGUUACCUGUACUGGACAGACUGGGGCGACCACUCCCUGAUCGGGAAGAUUGGGAUGGACGGCACCAAGCGCAGUGUGGUUGUGGACACCAAGAUCACGUGGCCCAACGGCCUCACGCUUGACUACAUCAAUGGGCGCAUCUACUGGGCCGAUGCCCGCGAGGACUACAUCGAGUUUGCCAGCCUGGAUGGCUCCAACCGGCACACAGUGCUGAGCCAGGACAUCCCGCACAUCUUCGCCCUGACACUCUUCGAGGACUUCAUCUACUGGACGGACUGGGAGACCAAGUCCAUCAACCGGGCUCACAAGACCACGGGCGCCAACAAGACCAUGCUGAUCAGCACCCUGCACCGGCCCAUGGACAUCCACAUCUAUCACCCCUACCGCCAGCCCGAUGUGCCCGACCACCCCUGCAAAGUGAGCAACGGGGGCUGCAGCAACCUCUGCUUGCUGUCCCCGGGCGGGGGGCACAAGUGCGCCUGCCCCACCAACUUCUACCUGGGCGGCGAUGGCAAGACCUGCGUCUCCAACUGCACUGCCAGCCAGUUUGUGUGCAAGAAUGACAAGUGCAUCCCUUUCUGGUGGAAAUGCGACACGGAGGAUGACUGCGGGGACCGCUCCGACGAGCCCGAGGACUGCCCUGAGUUCAAGUGCCGCCCAGGCCAGUUCCAGUGCUCAACUGGGAUCUGCACCAACCCGGCCUUCAUCUGCGACGGCGACAACGACUGCCAGGACAACUCCGAUGAGGCCAACUGCGAGAUCCACGUGUGCCUGCCCAGCCAGUUCAAGUGCACCAACACCAACCGCUGCAUCCCUGGCAUCUUCCGCUGCAACGGGCAGGACAACUGUGGUGAUGGCGAGGACGAGAAGGACUGUCCUGAGGUGACCUGCGCCCCCAACCAGUUCCAGUGUGCCAUCACCAAGCGCUGCAUCCCGCGCGUGUGGGUGUGCGACCGCGACAACGACUGCGCCGAUGGCUCUGAUGAGCCCGCCAACUGCACCCAGAUGACGUGCGGCCUGGACGAGUUCCGCUGCAAGGACUCGGGGCGCUGCAUCCCAGCGCGCUGGAAGUGCGACGGCGAGGACGAUUGUGGCGACGGCUCCGAUGAGCCCAAAGAGGAGUGUGAUGAGCGCACAUGUGAGCCCUACCAGUUCCGCUGCAAGAACAACCGGUGCGUGCCCGGGCGCUGGCAGUGCGACUACGACAACGACUGCGGCGACAACUCGGAUGAGGAGAGCUGCACGCCCCGGCCCUGCUCUGAGAGCGAGUUCUCCUGCGCCAACGGGCGUUGCAUCGCUGGGCGCUGGAAAUGCGAUGGGGACCACGACUGCGCCGAUGGCUCUGAUGAGAAAGACUGCACGCCACGCUGCGAGUUCGACCAGUUCCAGUGCAAGAACGGGCACUGCAUCCCUAUGCGCUGGCGCUGCGACGCCGAUGCUGACUGCAUGGAUGGCAGCGACGAGGAGAGCUGCAGCAGCCUGGUGCGCACCUGCCCCCUGGACGAGUUCCAGUGCAACAACACGCUGUGCAAGCCCCUGGCCUGGAAGUGCGAUGGCGAGGACGACUGCGGGGACAACUCGGACGAGAACCCUGAGGAGUGUCUGAAGUUCCAGUGCCCCCCAGACCGGCCGUUCCGCUGCAAGAACGAGCGCGUCUGCCUGUGGAUCGGGCGCCAGUGUGACGGCGUUGACAACUGCGGUGACGGCACUGACGAGCACGACUGUGAGUCUCCCAAGCCCCGGAAUUGCAGCCAGGAGAAGAGCGAGUUCCGCUGCAAUAACGGGCGCUGCGUGAGCGCCAGCCUGCAAUGCAACUUCUUUGACGACUGCAGCGACGGCUCUGACGAGGAGCACUGCUACCAGGACCCCAAGAUGUACGACUGCCAGACCAACGUGAGCAUGUGCAGGGAUGAGGCCAAGUGCGUUCAGUCGCCGACGGCCACAUACUGCGCCUGCCCCAGCGGCUUCCAGAAGGUGCCCAACAAAAACGCCUGCCAAGACAUCAACGAGUGCCUGCGGUUCGGGACCUGCUCGCAGCUCUGCAACAACACCAAGGGCUCCUACGUCUGCAGCUGCUCCCGCAACUUUGUCAAGACCCACCACACCUGCAAGGCUGAAGGCUCAGAGCACCAGAUCCUGUACAUCGCAGACGACAACAAGAUCCGCAGCAUGUUCCCCUUCAACCCCAACUCGGCGCACGAGCCGGCUUUCCAGGGCGAUGAGGACGUGCGCAUCGAUGCCAUGGACAUCUACGUCAAGGGCAACAAGAUCUACUGGACCAACUGGCACACAGGCCGCAUCUCCUACCGUGAGCUGCCCGCCUCCUCUGCUGCCUCCACUGCCGCCAACCGCAACCGGCGCCAGCUGGACAGCACCGUCACCCACCUCAAUAUCUCGGGGCUGAAGAUGCCACGGGGCAUUGCGGUGGACUGGGUGGCCGGGAACGUGUACUGGACAGACGCUGGGCGCGACGUCAUCGAGGUGGCGCAGAUGAAGGGCGAGAACCGCAAGACGCUCAUCUCGGGCAUGAUCGACGAGCCGCACGCCAUUGUCGUGGACCCGCUACGGGGGACCAUGUACUGGUCGGACUGGGGCAACCACCCCAAAAUCGAGACGGCUGCCAUGGAUGGGACCCUGCGGGAGACGCUGGUGCAGAACAAUAUCCAGUGGCCCACGGGCCUGGCCGUGGACUACCACAACGAGCGGCUGUACUGGGCUGAUGCCAAGCUCUCUGUCAUCGGCAGCAUCCGCCUCAACGGCACUGACCCCGUGGUGGCUAUCGACAGCAAGAAGGGCCUGAGCCACCCCUUCAGCAUCGAAAUCUUCGAGGACUACAUCUAUGGCGUCACCUACAUCAACAACCUCAUCUUCCGCAUCCACAAGUUUGGGCGCGAGCCCGUGGUCAACCUGACGUCAGGCCUCAACCACGCCACUGACGUGGUGCUCUACCACCAGCACAAGCAGCCGGACGUGACCAACCCGUGCGACCGCAAGAAGUGUGAGUGGCUCUGCCUGCUCAGCCCCAGCGGCCCCGUCUGCACCUGCCCCAACGGCAAGCGGCUGGACAAUGGCACCUGUGUGGUCGUGCCCUCCCCCACCAUCUCGCCCGUCGCGCCCACAAGCGAUACCUGCAGCCUGGUCUGCCUGAACGGGGGCAGCUGCUUCCUCAAUGCCCGCAAGCAGGCCAAGUGCCGGUGCCAGCCGCGCUACAACGGCGACAAGUGCCAGGUCGACCAGUGCUGGGAGUACUGCCAGAACGGCGGCACCUGCACCGCCUCCCGCUCCGGGAUGCCAACGUGCCGCUGCCCCACCGGGUUCACGGGACCAUGGUGCAACCAGCAGGUGUGCAUGGACUACUGCUACCACAACGGCACCUGCACCGUCAACCAGGGCAACCAGCCCAACUGCCGCUGCCUGCCCGAAUUCAGUGGUGACAAGUGCCAGUUCCGCCAGUGCUUUGGGUUUUGCGAGAACGAGGGCAUGUGCCAACUGGCACCGGAUGGGACCAAGCAGUGCCGCUGCCCACCGCAGUACGAGGGAGCCCGCUGUCAAGACAACAAGUGCUCACGCUGCCAGGAGGGCACCUGCAACAUCAACAAGCAGAGCGGGGACGUCACCUGCGUCUGCCCUGGGGGCAAGGUGGCUCCCAGCUGCCUGAGUUGCGACAACUACUGCCUGAACGGGGGCACCUGCACCAUCAACCCCAAGACGCAGCUGCCUGAGUGCCAAUGCAUCAUUGGGCAGACAGGGCAGCGCUGCGAGGAGCUCGCCGUCAGCGAGCAGCAGAACAACCGAACAACACCCAUUGUCAUCAGCAUCGUGGUGGUCCUGCUAGUUGUGCUGGCUGUGCUGGCCUUCCUCUGGUACAAGCGGCGCAUUAAAGGGGCCAAGGGCUUCCAGCACCAGCGGAUGACGAACGGGGCCAUGAACGUGGAGAUCGGGAACCCCACCUACAAGAUGUACGAGGGGGAGCCCGAGGACGACGGGGAGCUGCUGGACGCUGACUUCCCCCUUGAUCCUGACAAGCCCACCAACUUCACCAACCCCGUGUACGCCACGCUGUACAUGGGCGCCCACAACAGCCGGAACUCGCUGGCCAGCACGGACGAGAAGCGCGAGCUGCUGUCGCGGGGCGCGGACGACGACCUGGCUGACCCCCUGGCAUAGGGGGCCGGGGCUGGUGGGCGAGGGCAGGGGGGCGGGAGGAGCCGAGAGACACUGUAUAAAUGUACAAAUGAAGGAUUAUUACUUUUAUAUGUGAGCAGUAUUAUUCCCUGUCUAUUCCCCGAGGACGGGGCUCCCCCCCAUGGCUGGAGCCGGGCGCAGGACCCCUCCACCCUCCGCUCCCUUGGUGAGGGGGGACGAGCGGGGAAGGGGCCGUGGCUCUGAGCGGGGCCCACGGGAGCAGGCAGUGAGCGGUUAAAGGGCGCGGGGGGGGCUCGGAGCACCGAAGGGCUAGAGGCCGGGCCCGGGGCAGGGCAGCGAGGGGUUAACGUCAGCAGGGCUGGGGGGGCGCUGGGGGCUGCCCCAGGGCUGCUGGGAGCCUUGUCCUGCCCCACCAAUCACAUUCCUUCCCGCCAGUCCCAUUCACACCCUCCAUCAGCUGCACCAAUCCCUUCCCUCCCCACUAGUCGGACCCCACCAAUCCCAUCCCCUCCCGCCAAUCGCCCCCGCCAGACUCGUCCCUUCCUGCCAGUUGCCCCCACCAGUCCCAUCCCUCCCUGCAAUCACUCCCCACCAAUCUCAUCCCUUCCCGCCGUUCGCUCCCCACCAAUCCCGUCCUUUCCCACCAAUUGCUCCCGCCAAUCCCAUCCCUUCCCACCAAUCUCAUCCCUUCCCGCCAGUUGAUGCCCACCAAUCACAUCCCUUCCUCCAGUCACUCCCACCAAUCCCAUCCCACCCCCCCCAGUGCGCUAUGGGCUGCCCCGUCCCUCCCCCCAGCAGGGGCAGUUCCCCCGGGGCAGGGGGGGGCCGCACUGCCCCCCCCAGCGUGGGUAAAUGAGGGGCCAGGCUCAGCCUCCCCCCUCCUUUCAGGCCACAUCAACUGCAUGAGCCAAGGGGGCCUGGCCCCCCCGCGCGGCCCCGACUCCAUCUCUCCUCCGUUUCUCCAACAUGCAGAUUUCUUUCUUUUUUUUUUAACGAGGAAAAAAAAAGUUUAAAAAAAAAGAACAAAAAAAAAAAGGAACUAGCUUUUAUAGUAGGAGCCAAUAACGCAUGUGGGGGCGUCUCUCUCUCUCUCUCUCUCUCUCUCUCUCUCUCCAUCCUUUUACUGGGGGGGGGGGGGGAAGAAGAAGAAAAAAAAAGAAAAAUAAGACGUUUUAAUAAUUUUUGCUGGAUUUACUUUACAACUAAACACACAGAUAUUGUUAUAAAUAAAAUUUGUAAAAACGGA